AGUUGCAGGUACCUUACAUUCUCUUUCCAACUUCAAGGAGAUCGAAAUUCAAAAAUGACAGAGACAAUGAUGUCCUCCUAUCCUAGACCUCCAAGGUGUGGGAAUCUUAUUACUGUACUCAGUAUCGAUGGAGGAGGAGUAAGAGGAAUCAUUCCUGGAGUUAUGCUUGAUUUUCUCGAAUCCGAACUUCAGAAACUUGAUGGCGAAGACGCAAGGCUUGCAGAUUAUUUUGACGUAAUUGCUGGAACAAGCACCGGUGGUCUCAUAGCAGCAAUGUUAACGACACCAAAAGAAAAUGGCCGUCCUCUUUUUGCCGCCAAGGAGAUAGUCCCUUUCUACCUUGAGAAUUGUCCUAAAAUUUUCCCACAAGUAAGUGGACCAUUUGCUUGGUUGGUUACAUGGUGGAAACUUCUAACAGGACCCAAAUAUGAUGGGAAAUAUCUUCACAGUCUGGUAAGGAAGCUACUAAAGGAUAUGAGGUUGCAUCAAACACUGACAAAUGUUGUGAUUCCGACUUUUGACAUCAAGAAACUCCAGCCUAUAAUCUUCUCCUCCUACCAGGUUACAAGCCGUCCAGUAAUUGAUGCUGCCCUCUCAGACAUCUGCAUAGCCACCUCUGCGGCAGAAACUUACUUCCCUUCCUAUUAUUUUAAGAAUAGGGACAAGAAUGGCAAUGAAGAAGAAUUCAACAUGAUUGAUGGUGGCGUAGCAGCUACUAAUCCCACACUGGUUGCUAUUAGUGAGGUGACCAAACAAAUAACCAAAAAGAAUCCAGAUUUCUUCCCCGACAUCAAGACCCUGGAUUACACUCGGUUUCUUGUGGUCUCCUUGGGGACAGGCUCCAACAAAUCUGAACAAAAAUACAAUGCUAAGAUGUCUUCUAAGUGGGGUAUUAUAUGCUGGUUGUAUGAAGAUGGGAAUACCCCAAUAAUAGAUUGUUAUGACGAUGCUAGCAAAGACAUGGUUGAGUAUCAUAAUGUUGCAGUUUUUCAAGCCCUUGAUUCGGAGCGCAGCUACCUUCGAAUUGAUGAUGACACUUUGAAGGGAGAUUUGGCAUCAGCUGACACAUCUACACGGGCGAAUUUAGAAAAUCUUGUGAAAUGUGGGGAGAGUUUGCUGAACAAAACCGUUAGUCGCAUGAAUAUGGAUACCGGUUUAUAUGAACCAGUGGAAAAUGGCAGCACCAAUAAAGAAGAACUCAAGAGGAUUGCAAAAGUAUUAUCAGAUGAGAAGAAACUCAGAGAGUCGAAAUCUACAGAGACCAACCCUCCAUAGGAAGGAGAUUUAUUUGUCUUCUACCAUGGAUUUCACUUGUUUUCUUUAUGGUACUUGAGAAUAAAUAACUUGUGUCUAAAAAAAAAAAAAGAGAGAGAGAAAAGAAUAAGCUAAUGAUUUAGAG